AUGUCUGCGAGUGCCAAAGUGGCCAAGGAUAUAACUGCGACCAAUCUUCUUGUGCGUUGCCGCAGCGGAAAAUUCAAAUCGCCGUCAUAUCCUAACCCCUACGUUGCUCGAGACAGGAUCUUGUACCUACUAUUCAUCCCUGGCGCCACUCGGAUCAUGUUCACAUUCAACGACCCAUUCGAAGUUGAAGAAUUCAAGGACGAACUGACGGUAGGUCCAGGACUGGUAGUAGACUUCAAUCUGGACUUACGUGAAGAAAUUAUUCCAGAGCGCCAAGUCCAUUUCUUCUCAGGGAACAUCGUCCCUAAGAAUUUUAGUCUUGAUGAUACGGACUCGGCCUGGUUGUAUUUCACGACAGAUAAGAGUGUGGAGAAUGCUGGUUUUCAAGUGAUCUGGACAAGCGCAGACCUGUCACCACCAGUAAUCGUCUGCCCACAAGACAUUACUGUGGGAGCAUCGGCGGGUUUGCAAAACGCUUCUGUGACGUGGGUCGAACCGAAGGCUUCGGGACCGGUGUUCGUACAAAGCAAAUACGAUUCCGGGCACCUAUUCGACAUUGGACGCCACGCUGUGAUCUACACGGCUACUGAUGAAGCCGGCAACGAAGGUCAAUGCUUCUUCUAUGUCACUGUCGAGGAUUCAGAUUCAGACACCAACCUGGCACCUGUUAUAUCAGGUUGUCCGACGAGUAGAAUACCGUCAAUGUAUAACACCAGUCUGCUGGCAACAGAGUCCCUUCCUGUCUUCUUCGAUCCGCCCAACGCCACAAACCCGGCCAACACUAGCGACAUAGAGGGGAUGUCGUCGCAAACCCCAGGAGACUUGUUCGACCACGGUUUACACCUCGUGGUUUACAUGUUCUGGAAUAGUGAUGGAUUCGAAGCCGAUUGCGUUAUUCCCAUCCAAGUUCAAGAGGUUGACUUUUGUGCAUCAGGUCCCUGUGACCCAAUACGAGAAAUUUGUCACCAAACUCCAACAAAUUUCUACUGCUUUGUAAUUGAAGCUGACUUCACCAAACCAGAGAUUUUUGAAUGUCCGGAUGACAUCCACGUCUUCGUUGCACCGUGGGAGCUCUUUGUGUCAGUGAACUGGACUGCACCGACAGCUACCGAUGACUCCGGAAGAGUCAUCCUAGAAUCGUCUGAGACUUCUGGUGCUCUCUUCUCAACUCGCGGGAUACCAGUCCCUGUCACCUAUGAAGCUAAAGACAUGAACAAUAAGUCGGCCAGUUGUUCUUUCACCGUAACUGUCACGGCUGACAUCACCGGACCCACUCUAUCUUGCCCCUCGGACAUCAUGCUACCACUAAAUGGGUCAAGUGCUCGAACCGUCACGUGGUCGGAGGUAACUGCGCAUGAUCCAUCGGGUCCUGUGACAAUCAUCCAAAACUAUCAUCCAAAUGCGAGUUUCCCAUCUGAGUCAACAACGGCUGUUGUUUACGUUGCAUCCGACAGAUACGGAAAUAUCAACUUUUGUUCGUUUAUUGUCACCAUCGCCGAUAGGUCUUCCCCUCAACCUCUUUCCUCAGGCUUCCCGAUGGAGGGGACGAUAACCAUUAUCGUUGUCAUCGGCAUCAUUAUCCUAGUCGCCAUGAUGAUCAUGUUUCUACUUAAAACCAGGAAAGAUCGAACGAAGGAAUAUCAGAGCAAGGAAGACCAAAGCAAGGACGAUCAAAUCGAGGAAUGAUCAAGAUAUCCUCCCCCUCUCCAUCCCGGGCUAUCACGCUUUCAAGCAAGCGCUCACUGUGAUGGCCCUUCUUUUGCAGAUUUCUCGUUGAUGAAUAGUUCUUGCUAGUAUGUUAUCAGAUUCAUUUUGUUUUAAUGUCAACAGUUAUUAUUAUUAUUAUUAUAUUGUGUACAUAUCCAAAUAGUUUGAAAUGUUUUGUGUAUAUUGUAUCGCUGAAAUGGAAAUAAAUUCAGUU